GCCCAGGAAAAUAGAGGGAAGGCCAACUCUCCAAUGAACUUGUCUAUUCCUCCGCCCCCUCCUUGCCCACGGAUUCCUCCUUGCUGCCCCUGCUUCCCCUCCUUUCCCCCCCUUGAUUCCCCUCCUUUCCCCCCUUGCUUCCCCUCCUUUCCCCCCCUUGCUUCCCCUCCUUUCCCUCCCUUGCUUCCCCUCCUUUCCCCCCCUUGCUUCCCCUCCUUUCCCCCCCUUGCUUCCCCUCCUUUCCCCCCCUUGCUUCCCCUCCUUUCCCCCCCUUGCUUCCCCUCCUUUCCCUCCCUUGCUUCCCCUCCUUUCCCCCUCUUGCUUCCCCUCCUUUCCCUCCCUUGCUUCCCCUCCUUUCCCCCCCUUGCUUCCCCUCCUUUCCCCCCCUUGCUUCCCCUCCUUUCCCUCCCUUGCUUCCCCUCCUUUCCCCCCCUUGCUUCCCCUCCUUUUCCCCCCCUUGCUUCCCCUGCUUUCCCCCGCUGCUUCCCCUCCUUCCCUUCCCUCCUUCCCUCCUUUCCCCCCCUUGCUUCCCCUCCUUUCCCCCACUGCUUCCCCUGCUUUCCCCCGCUGCUUCCCCCUCCCCUCCUUCCCCCUGUCUCCCCCACUGCUUCCACACCUUUCUUCCACUGCUUCACCUUAUUUUCCCCACUGCUUGUCCUCCUUUCCCCCACUGCAUCCCUCCUUUUCCCCCCGUGCUUGCCCUGCUUUCCCCCAAUGUUUCCACUUUCCACCUCCAGUACCGUAGUAACACCAGCGUUAUCCAGCGUUACCCUCUCUGCCUCAUCCCUUCUCUCCCCACCGAUCCUCUACGCAUCCAUUCUCUCCCCAUCCAUCCUCUACGCAUCCCUUCUCACCCCACCCUCCUUGCCACCAUCUCCUCAGGUUUGGGGCGCUGUGGACGGACGGCAACAGGCAGAUUUGCUCUGCAGGAACGAAUGUGGUACUGCAGCGUCCAGGAAAGGCGACCUGCUGCGUGUACCCUUUCCUCGCUCGCCUAUCCUCCCCAUCGCCUGCCAGCACCGUCACAUUUCCCGCGUCGCCUACAAGUAG